UGUGAGUGAUUGCGUGUGUGCGCGUGAGGAGGAAAAAAAACUCUGUAGCCCCUCGCGCCGCACAUUCAAAUGCAAAUCCGCGCGAAUUCUAUAAGUAAGAGACAGAGAGUCUCACGCGCUGCAGAAACGACUCAGCUCUAGCAGCUCUACUGUUGACCGGACAUUACAACGUGUUUACCUCGAAAACUAACAGAACAAAUAAGUAACCUGCUGGAAAUGACCGCGGGGAGACCCAGCGCGAGCGCAAAGGAGGAGAGGAAGCUGAGGAAACCGCUAAUAGAGAGAAAACGACGAGAAAGAAUAAACCACUGCUUGGAUCAGCUCAGGGAGACGGUAGUUGGGGCGUUUAGACUCGAUCAGCAGUCCAAGCUGGAGAAAGCUGACAUCCUGGAGAUGACUGUUAAACACCUACAGAACAUCCAGAGCAGUAAAGUUAAUGAGCCUAUAUUGGACUCAGAGGCCCAGCAGAGGUACAGCACCGGCUACAUCCAGUGCAUGCAUGAAGUUCACAACCUGCUGCUGUCCUGCAACUGGAUGGACAAAACACUUGGCUCGCGGCUGCUCAACCACCUGCUCAAGUCGCUGCCCAGGUCAACAGCUGAAUGCUCCAGGAGACCCAAACCCAGCUUCGCUGACCAUGAUAGCCAAGUCCAAUACAUUGGCAGUGGGGAAAAUGGUCAGAGGUCUUGCCCUGCUUCUCCUGUAAUGGAUAGCAAUGGGCCCCCUCUAAGUAGGCCUCAACCUACUGAGAGCCCACAGCUGACAACUCUGGAGAUGUGGAGGCCCUGGUGACAAAUUCAGUGUGGAAACUGUAUGUGCACUGCAAAAAAUGAUAUCUUGGCAAGUGAAAGCAUCUUAAAUGUAUGCAACGUAUCUUUUUUUACCUAUAUGAAGUGAUAUUUACUGGUCUACAACUGUCAAACACAUUAUAAAUUACAUUGGAAUAUCAAGUAUAUGAUUAUUUAGUAGUAAUGGAAUCAUCUACCAAUUAUUUUGAUGAUUAAUUGACCCAAUUUCCAUGCAUUUUAUAAUAGCAAACAUUAAAAUUGACUUUAUAUAUUAUGCUUUGUAACAACCAAUAUACACAUAUUUGUGAGAUCCUGCUGGUGUGGGUGUCCUCUCUUUCAGUGGUGCACACUUGAAUGCCCCCCCCUUCAAACUUCUGAACAUGAUUUUGUAAAAACCUUCAGAUACCAUAUUUGUCGUUCAGAUUGCAAAGUUCAGUCGAAGAUUAGUAGAGAAUAUAUAUCGAUUAUUUUUUAAUUGAGUUAACCUUUUUUAUCAACUAGUCGUAACAGUCCUACCAGGGACUUCAGCUAACAAAGUAUAAAAGGUAAAUUUUGAUUUCAGGUUGACUUUAAAAUAAGUAAAAAUGUCUACAAAUAGGUUGAAUAAUCUCAUAACAACCUUGUAGUCAGGAAUAGAUGUAUUGCCUACAUUGCUUUCAAUGGCCAAAAUAGGAUUUUUUGCAGGGUAUAUUUGUGUAUGUAUGUAUUAAACGCUGUUGCUUUCAUGCAAUAACAUGCAUACACUGUAUACAUGCAUAUAAUUACAUAAGCCGGUGAGUUCCUGUAUGACACUGUGUUUGUGUGUUAUGCACUGUAUGCAUUUGGCUACAUUAUUAGG